CGGGACCCUUUCCAAAUAUUGGUAGAUUCCAUCCCAACAUGGCGGACACAACAGAACUUCGGACCGCCCACCGGUUCGAUGUGGACCGUCUUCAUGCCCAUCUCCUCAAAUACGUGCCAGGUUUUCCUCAGCAAAACGAACAACUGGUCGUCAAGCAGUUCAGCUUUGGCCAGUCCAAUCCAACAUUCUACCUGAAGAAGGGACAGACUGAUUAUGUCAUGCGGAAGAAACCACCGGGACGCCUCCUUAAAGGGGCACACAUGGUUGAGCGAGAGUACAGGAUCAUUGCAGCCCUCCACUCGGUGGGUUUCCCUGUGCCCUGUCCCAUUCUCUUCUGUUCGGACACUAACGUCAUCGGCACAGAGUUCUACAUCAUGGAGCAUGUCAAGGGAAGAGUUUUCCGAGACGUGUCGUUAAAUGAGUUACCUGCGGAAGAGAGGACAGCAGUGUACAACGCCAUGGCAGAGACACUGGCUCAGCUACACUCUGUAGACUGGAGAAAACUCAAACUGCACGACUUUGGCAAGGAGGGAAACUACUGCAAGAGACAGCUAUCCACAUGGACCAGACAGUACCAGGCUGCAGCUACUGGUGACAUCCCGGCCAUGAACCGGCUCAUCCAGUGGUUAAACCAGAACCUUCCUGCUGAGGACACCAAAACCACCAUCGUACACGGUGACUACAAACUGGACAACGUCAUCUUCCACCCCACUCAGCCCCGAGUGAUUGCUGUUCUAGACUGGGAGUUGUGCACCCUGGGUGACCCCCUGACAGACCUGGCCUACCUCUGUCAACCUUACAACUGGCCUGAAGAUCUGCCCCAACUCAACAUGGCACAACCCUCAGGAAGUGUGGACCGUAUAACUGAGGUAGCAGGCAUUCCAAGCCAGGACCAGUUUGUACAGAGGUACUGCACCGCUAGGGGGCUGCACUCCCGACCCGACAACUGGGAGUUCUACCUGGCUCUGUCCUUCUUCAAGGGAGCCUCCAUCUGCCAGGGGGUGUAUAAGAGAGCUUUGCAGGGCAAUGCUAGUGCAGCACAGGCAGAAAUAUUUGGACUUAUAGUGGAACCAUUGGCUGGUGCAGGAGUGAAAAUAAUAGAACGAAAGAUGUCAGCUCAGACCGGCUCUCUGCUCCAGCCUUCACCUAAAGGUCAGGAGCUGUUAAACAGGGUCAGGGCUUUCCUGGAGCAACAUGUGGCACCAGCAUUUAAGACUUAUGAAGAACAAGUUGCCAAGAACAGAUGGGGUGCCCCUCCCAUUGUGGAUGAAAUAAGGGCUAAAGCAAAGGCUGCUGGUCUAUGGAACCUGUUCUUACCGGAUGUGAGCGGUCUCAGUGUGUUGGACUAUGCCUUUAUAGCAGAGCAGACAGGGAGAUACAUGCCGCUGGGACCAGAAGCCUUCAACUGCCAGGCCCCAGACACAGGAAACAUGGAGACCAUCCACCUGUACGGCACACCUGAGCAGAAGAAGACAUGGCUGGAGCCACUGCUGGAAGGGAAGAUCAAAUCCUGCUUUGCCAUGACUGAGCCUGAUGUGGCCUCCAGCGAUGCCACCAACAUGCAGUGCAGCAUUGAGCGUCAGGGGAACGAGUAUGUGAUCAACGGGAAGAAAUGGUGGACCAGUGGGGCCGGCCAUCCUCACUGUAAGGUCGCUGUACUCAUGGGCAGGACUGGGGACAGCAAAAUGCCAAGACACAGACAGCACAGUAUGAUCCUGGUUCCCAUGGACGCACCCGGCGUGAAGAUUAUCCGUGCACUGACAGUGUUCGGCUACGACGAUGCCCCCCACGGACACUGUGAGGUUCACUUCACCAAUGUCCGUGUCCCUGUCACCAACAUGCUACUGGGAGAGGGAAGAGGGUUUGAGAUAGCCCAGGGAAGACUGGGCCCGGGACGGAUCCACCACUGCAUGCGUCUCAUCGGGAUGGCAGAGAAGGCACUUGAGGCCAUGUGUGAGCGGGCUGCCAAGAGGAGGCCUUUUGGCAAGAGGAUCAUUGAACAGGAGGUUGUUCAACAUGACAUUGCUGAGGCUCGCAUGGCGAUAGAGCAGGCCAGGCUCCUGGUGCUGAAGGCUGCUCACAUGGUCGACACUGUGGGCACCAAGAAGGCUCGCAAGGAGAUUGCCAUGAUCAAAAUCAUCGCUCCCAGAAUGGCAGUGAGAGUUAUCGACCGUGCCAUUCAGGUGCACGGGGGUGCAGGGGUGUGCCAGGACUUUCACCUGGCUGGAAUGUACGCCGGCGCUCGUACCAUCCAGAUUGCAGAUGGCCCUGACGAGGUGCACCUGACAGCUGUGGCAAAAAUGGAGAUCUUGGAUCAGCUGAAAAAGGCCAAGAUGUGAGCGGUACCAGAGAGAUGAUAAAGUCAAGCAAGCCAAACUUUGAUUAAAACAUCCGGAUGUCUCUAAAUUUAAUCCGGUUGUAGAGAUUGAGUUGCCUUUAAAAACCCAAAUAAUUUCCAGUUGGUUGGUUGAUAAGUCACAUCAACCAGCUUGAUACUGGGAAGCUUGAGUGGUAACGAAAUUAAAGCAAUAUAUAUGUUAUAUUGUAUGUCAAGAAAUCAAGCAAAAUAUGAUUAAGACACAAGCAGCCUUGUUCUAGUAGGUAAAGUGGUACUUUUCCUAAUUUCUCACAAGAAGUUUUGACAUUCACAAAUUUGUUCAGUAGAUUUGACACAGAUGUUCAAUCAUUGACUAUGAUCAUAUAAUUGGCAAUGAUAGUGAUGAUAAGAAAUUAAAAAUUAUCUUAUUAUCUAACAACUUUUAAGUAUGAUAAAGAGUGGGAAAUUGGAACUUUUAACCUGAGUGCAUUUUGAGGAAGAAAAUUACAUUUGAGCAGAACGAGUUGUCAUUCGAUAACAUUUCUUUUUCGGUCUUCAUUUGUUUCCCUGAUUAACACAAACAAGAAGCUUAAAAUCAGGUGAAUCUGAUUAACACUAAUUUGUCAUAAUAUUAUAAAAGGUAAGAAAGAAGAGAGGACUUUUAUUAAUGAUGAAUAUAAGCUAUUGCACAUAAUGAUGAAUAGGUAUACAUUUGUACAAAUCGAUCAAGGGAAAACAUCCAUUGAAUAAAAAUGUAACAUGCUUGCGACAUUA